AUGCGCAAUGUACAUCGUACACGUGACCGGCUUCGUGUGUGUCGUCUCAAGCUGCCUCCUAAAGCUUUGGUUGUGGGUCAGUGGUAUAUAGAGAAGGAGGAAAGAGAUGGACAUGACAACGCAGCAGAUAUUGUCCGGUCUGACGGCGGGGGACCAGAACGCGUCGGGAGGCGGCGGUUCUGGCGGUCUUGCCAGCUUCGGGAGCAAGGAGUAUUGGAACACGGUGAAGACAGACCAGGUCCAACAGACACCUGGCGGGGGAGGAUAUGGCGGACCAAGUGAACUCCAGGAGGUGAUUGCUGAGAAGGAGGCACUCGAUGGCAGCUUCAAACACGCAUCAAGACUCCUGGAUCAAGAGAUAGAGAGGCUCCAGAGUCCUCGUGGACUGGGGGCCAGCGGUUCUCAGUACGGAGGAAUGGGAGAUGGGGGAAUGUUGCGAUCCUCCGAGAAGAUUUACAUUCCACCCGAAGACCAACGAAGGUUUAAUCUGGUUGGUCGUCUCCUCGGCCCAAAAGGCCUGACUCUCAAGAGAAUCCAGGCAGAGACCCAGACCAAGAUGACGAUCCUCGGUCGUGGGUCCAUGCGGGACAAGAAGAGGGAGGAGGAGCUCCGAGAGAGCGGUGACCCCGCCCACUCACACCUCAACGACGAUCUUCACGUUCUGAUAGAAGUGAACGGUCCGUUCAGUGAGUACAAGUUAAUGGCAGGGGUGGCUGAAGUCAGGAAGAUGCUCAUACCCAAUGUGAGUUUUCGAUUUUUCUCUCUAAUUGAAGGAAGACGGUGUGGGGGACCCAAUGGGAAUGAAAUAUCUGUCGCCGGAGGAACAGCAGAUGUAUGCAAAUUCCAUGCAAGGCCCCCCGAGGGGGACGAGGGGGAGGGAGAGGGGGCGGAAAUUUCGGUCACCCUCGUGGCAGGGGUGGGGGUUCCCCGAGAGGGAGGGGUGGGGGACGAGGAAGGGGGAGGGGAGGAGGGGGAAUUAGAGGUGGAGGAGGAGGAGGAAGAGGUAGGGGGGGGAGGAGGAGGAGGGAGAGGAGGGAUGCAGGGAGUAACAGACAUGGCGUCAUAUGAUCAUGCGCCUCAAGUCGGCUAUGGAGACAGUCAAGUUACUGGGGGUGGGGCAAUGGGUGGCGCUACUGGUAGCUAUGACGACCAAAGCUAUACUAGCCGAGGAGGGCCUCCGCUUCUAGCUCCACCCACUGGGACGCAAGGGGGUGUGGCCAGUGGAGGAGGCUACGCUGCAAGUCACGAUCACUAUAGCAACGUCGGUGGUGGUGGUGGUGGUGGUGGUGGUGAGGACCAGUACUACCACAACUACUCUGAGAGCAGUGAGCAAAUUCUCUCUCUCUAUCUCUCUCUCUCUCUCGUUCUCUCUCUCUUCUCUGAGAGCAACUAG